AUGUACAUUACGGAUUUAGCAGAAGAGAGCGAUGAAACAACUUCAGUGGACAUUCAUGAACAGGAAGUUCCAAGCAAGCAUCAACAAAACUCCGAGUUAAUAACGAUGAAUAUUCACGACGAGUUGACACGAGUAGUUCAAACCAAUAUUGAUUUAAUCGAAUGGUAUAAACAUAAUAAACAUAAUUUAACAACUUGUGAUGUUGCACUGGGUGAUCAUUAUGUCAAAAGAGCGAGAUCGGUUCAAAAUCCGUUAACAUUAAUGAUUAGUACUGAUGGGAAACCUAUGCUAAAAAGCAGCAGAUCGAGUCUAUGGCCGGUAAUGGCUGUUUUGGUCGAACUACCACCUCCAGUAAGAGAAUAUGAAAGCAACACUAUCCUGCUUGCAUUGUGGCACUCUGUUGUUACUCCCGACGCUAAUGUUUUAUUAGCAUCCGUGAUCGAACAACUAGCAGUAUUAAAAGCUGGCGGCUUAAAUGUACAUCUACAAGAAAGAGGAACAACUAAGUUUGACAUUGAUAUACAAUUAUGUGGCGGUGAUUUGCCAGCAAGGUCAAAAUGUAACAAACUCAACAGUCAUAAUGGAUUCUACUCGUGUACAAAAUGUUUAUUAAAAGGCGAAAAGUGCCGACAUUGUAACCGUAUGUUAUACAAGUAUAAAGAUUUUCAAAAAUUACGAGUUAAAGAUCGAACACAAGAACAUAUCAAUGCAUGUGUACGACUGAUAGAGAAGAAAAAUAACAAGAAUUAUAAACCGUUUGGUGUUAUUGCAAAAUCUGCUCUAAGUGAUGUUAUUUCCAUUCCGAAUCAAUCAGUUUAUGAUUAUUUUCACUUAUGCCUGGAGAUUCAUGUCAAUUUUUUAUUAACACAAUGGUCAUUGUCAUUACAAAAAGCUGAUAUUGUACAAAGCGAUGAUUUUCCAAAGUGUCCUGUUCAAAAUAGGAGUCAAGCGAGAAUCAUCUUCGAGUCUUGUCGUAAAACCAUCGAGUUUUGUAAACUUGCUCUUCUACAUUUCUUCUAA